CACAAAUAUGGAUAUGCAAAGUUGAUCAGUGGCAGAUUUACAACGAAGCUGAUUGUGUGUUUUUGGCCAUAACAGUGGUCGUUCUUUGGAUACCUUCCAAAAAUAAGUCAUCAUAAAACAAUAACAAUUAGUACAGUAUUAAGUGCCAACGUCACUUAAAGUGGAGCUAAAUGACAGACUGGACGUACAACACCUCAGCAUUCUUUUUUUCUUUUUUUUUGGUCCACUAAAUUAGAUUAACGCUGUUAAAAUGCUUGUAGGUCAUCUGUUUGGAGGGGUAAGUUCCGACUAAAAGCCGAUUAUUUAUUAGUAUAAGCGUAUUUUAAAUAUGUGGAACGUUUUAAAUGAGCUAAAGGUAACUAAGCUAGCACGCUAGCUAACUAACUUACUAUAAUCGACAUGUAGCCUAAUAAUAAUGAUGCUCAAUCGCUUAAAGCCUCUACAAUGUUGCUGUCAUUUGACUUAUUUGUUAAGAUGAUGUCUGCUCUAAAUAACUUUGUCUUCUCGAGAUUAGUGAAAGAUGUCAUUUUGAAGUCCUCUGACAAAACCAUCAAGACUGUUGAGAUUUAAAAGCUAAGUGGAGUUUAAAUCAGCUGGAGGAGGCUGAGAUGACUGAGCACCACCUGACUGUGGAGGACCACGUCCAACUUCACAACCUUGUCCAAGAAGAAGUCCAGUCCGCACAUCAAAGUGUCAGAAAUACAUUAGAGGAGAAGGAAUAUACUCCAGCAUCCUUCAUCACCAGCGUGGAUCCUGGGUGUCAGACAUGGUUGCCAGGAAAGAAGAUGCCGGGUAACGAUGGCGAGGCGACGUUGUAUGUUUUGAUGGGAAACGCUAAGGCAACGGAAUACUUUGCAAGCUGCAAAUGUUUCCUGAGGCCGCCCAGAUCAUCGGCUGGAGUUUGCUUGGAGAAAAAGUUUAACGCCUUGUGUGAUGACACCCCUGUAGCUUCUAACAACGCGGUGACACUGGAGCAGCAAACACCUGAGGAGCAAGUCUUGUUUUCUCCGAUGCGGCAGUGGAUGACCUCGGAUGACGGAGAGAGUGUGAGAAGCCCUGUUUGUUUUUCAUCAAAUUGCUACCCAGAGUCAGCUGUUAAAAAUUCUCACGCUGCCAGCUCCCAAAAGCCAGAGGACCUAGCAUGUGCUGCCUGCGGGACGUAUGGCCGUCAUUCUCAAGAAGCUACCGUGUCAGGAAGAACUACAAGGAAAACAGCUGCCAGACGGUGUGUUCAGUCACCAGGCGGGCGACUAGAAAGAAGAGAACGACACAAUAGCAAAGAAAGGCUGCGCAGGAAGAAGAUCCGUUCGUUGUGUAACGAAUUGAACACUUUGGUGCCGUCCUGUACAGCUGACACUGACACGGUCAACACACUGCAGAGCACCUGUACCUUCCUGAAAUACAUCAAAGCCUUGUAUGGAGACAACUUGACAUCGGGUUUUCAGAUGUUUAAUAUUAAAACGUUUGGUGAAAGCGUAGAACAACAGAUGGAUCAUACAGUGAGUGUCCCCCUUAUCAAAAAAUGACUUUUCUUCCAAAUAUUGUGAUAUUAGUCAAACAAUUAACACGUUAAAUAUUUGUUUCCUGGAGUUCAAGAUGUUAUGUCUGUGAAUUUUCAAUCCAUAUUUAAGUAUUGGCUUAGCAAGCUUUCCUUCCAGUUGGAUUGCUAUUUCCUGUUACUGUAAAACACAUGCUGUUCAGUCCAUAUGUAGAGAGCAGUAACAUUUUCCUGAAAAGUGGCUU